UUUCAGAGACCUUUCACCGGAUACGACAGGGACUUUAUAUACGAUUCCAUCGUGGAGGAUGAGCCACACUACCCCUCAUCCCUGGACUCCGAAGCAGUAAGCUUCAUAUCACAGCUGUUGAAGAAGAAUCCUGAGGAGAGGCUAGGUUCCACCCCAGGGGAUGCCGCAGAUGUAGCAGAACAUCCAUUCUUUAAUGGCAUUGUCUGGGAUGAUAUUAUCGAGAAGAACGUAACAGCUCCGUUCGUACCCAGCCUAAAUGGACCGGAGGAUGUGGGGUAUUUCGAUGAGGAGUUCACCAAACUGUCUGCGAAUCUGACCCAGCCCAAAGGACCCCCUGCUGAGAUGGCAAGCGAGAUCGAUGAAGCCUUUCUGGACUUUAACUAUGCAGCAUUUUAAGUCCAAAGGGGAUGAUGGGUAAGAAAAGACCUAAUUAAAAAUACACGAAGCACAAGUCAGAACAAGAAGUGCCCAGCGUUAGUAUUCCUUGAGUUAUGGGUGCAGGGGCACUGAUCAGAGCAGAGCUGGGUAUGGGAAGCAGCCAUAUUGGGUGCAUGCAGGGCAAAGUGGAUUUUAUGGGAAUAUUAAGAUGAUCCCUGAGAUGAUUCUAAUUUUGUGGUUUUUGUAUAUGUGAGAAAAACAAUCACAAAAAACUCUCAGGCUGCUGAAACCUGUUCACAUUCCAAGGAAACCAAUGGAAGUGUAUCUUCAUCAUUUGGGAAAGUAGAAAUCCACCAUAAAUUUCACCCCAAACAUCACAGAAAUCACAACUGUGCGAAUUGCUUAAAAACCGGUGAUUUGUAAUCACAAGUUGUGGGGAAAGUUGCAACCACAAUUAGUCAAUA